AUGGGAAUGGCCUUCGAAGACGAGAAACAGUCAAAGACAUCAAAACCAUUGCAAGUUUGUAUUGCUACGUACGGAGAUCCUUCAAGAAAUCUUGUUCAGGCUUCCUGUAAUAUCGGUAUUGAUCAUCCAUUCAAAUCAACUGUUUGGGUUGUUGGUUCUUGCAAUGGGUUGUUAUGCCUACGUUUAAGGGAUUAUACUUAUUGUAUCUGGAAUCCGAGUACAAGAAGAUCAUCUACAUGUCGCUUUGAUUUUGACUUGCGGCCUAAGGUGCAAUGGGAUUUUGGUAUUGGCUUUGGGUAUGAUGAGUCCACCGAUGAUUACAAAGUUGUUGAAUUAUGUUAUAAGCAUGAACAUACCUUAAUGAUGCAUAUGCAUAUAUAUUCGUUGAAAUCUGGAAAAUGGAAGAGCUUUAGUCAAUAUUAUCAAGGUUUUAUAUCGUAUUAUAACGGUACCUUCUUCAAUGGAGUUCUUCACUGGUUGGCUGGUAUCAACCAAGUUGCUUUGAGCAGUAUAGCCACUUUAGAUUUAGCGACAGGGACUUACUGCGGAUUUUCCCAUCUUCCCUAUGAUGAUGAUGAUGAUGAUGAUAAAGGCUCAAUACGCAUUCCGCAACUUGGGGUUUAUGGAGAAUGGCUCUGUGUGCUGUAUACUUACCUAGGAAAGCAUGGCGAUUUGUGGGUGAUGAAGGAAUAUGGAGUGAAAGACUCUUGGGUUAAAUUGUUUUCCAUACCAUAUCCAACCGGUUGUAAGAAUCCAUUUGAUGGAUUUUUUGUACCAUUGUGUUUUUUAGAUGAUGGGAGAAUUUUCUUGCAAUGCGGGACAAUAUCCGUUGUGCAUGAUCCGAAGAAUAGUUCUUCGUUGGAAAUUCAGAACGUUGAUAAAUGGUGGGACGUAAUUACCUUUGUUGAGAGCUUGGUUUCACCAGCAGUUAUUCCCUGA